GACAUACAGACUGCAGUCAUGACGUGCUGCUGGCGCUGCUGUGUUUAUGUGCGAGUUGUUUGGCACAUUCGAUAGCAACAGCGCAGCACGUAAUCUCUUUUGAAAACGCGCAGACAGUACAUCCGCCGGCCAGUGGAUAAGGUGCAUCGUAGUGAGGGGAAAGCUGGUGCCACGCAGGAGAUCGCAAAACAAUACUCGCUCAUCCGGUGUAGCAUCACACACACACACACACACACACACACCAUGUCGACUGUGCAUAUUGCCCGCAUCAUGCACGACUUCCUGCACCGCGGGGUGGAAAGAGAGUUGGACAAGUCCCCGCCCGGCGAGGAAUUCUACCAGCUCGAAAGCCCACCGCACGCGGCCAACCUGCUGGCGUUCGCGCUCGGCCAGCUGCAGCCGGGCUCGUCGGGCUGGAAGACGAUGGAGGACAUGGGGCGGCCGGACCUGCUGCCCGACCGGAAGCUGUACAAGCGGCUGGAACAGAUCGUGCUCCGCAUGCCGACGCUCGAGUUCCAGCUCAUCCCGCUGGUAAUGCAGGUGGACGGCGAGCUGCAGUCGAGCUUCCUGAUGCGCAUACGGAAAGCGGCCCGCUCAGCCGACUGCGUGUACGUCGAUCUGGCCAACCGCAAGUACGACCGGUUUGCGCAGUUUAUCGCGUCGAACACGCUGCCCGCCUGCGUGCUGUGGGUGCCGCAGGAUGGCCGCCUGCGCUAUGCCGUGCAGGCCGGUGCACCCUACCCGAUGCUGACGAUCGAACGGCACCGGAUCGAGCGUGUGGCCGACACGUUCCGCAACAUUACGACCGUCGGGACGGUGGUUGGGUCGGUGCUGUCGAUGACACCGCUCGGGCCGGCGGUAGGGCUGCCGCUGCUGGUGCUGUCCACCGCUGCCAGCAGUGGCUUCUCCCUCUCGAGCCUGGUCGAUGGCUGCAAGCACGAGAGCGGCAAGGUGGUGACUGGCCGCGCCGUCGCCCUCGCCUUCAGCCUGACCUCGUUUGCCGGCGCCGGGCUGACGGCGGCCUGUCGGGUGGAGAAGCUGCGCCGGCUGAUACCGGCCGACCGGCUGGUGCAGCUCGAACGGGCGGAAAAGCUGCUGAGCGGUGGGCUAAAGAAGGUGGCCACGGGCAGUAUCGCCUCGACGGUAGUCGGUACGGUGUGCGGCUGGAAAACGCUCUCCACCAGCGAGCAGAUCGAGCUCGGGGCAUUGCUGUGCUUCGCCUACCGGGAGUCCUUUAGCUGGGCCGUGGUGGAGCGGCUCAUCUGCACGAUGCAGCUGGACGGUGUGGUAAAGUUCUUCUGCACCACCUGCCCUAAUCUAGCGUACGACCUGGUGCGCGUGAAGAUCCGUGGCACACAGGCGGAGCGCUACCUGCAGCUGGUCGUCGACUUUCUCGAAAAGCAGGUGAGCUUCACGGUGGACGAUAAUUUCACCACGAUCAAGCUGUUCGGCUACACGCUGCAGUUCGACACGAUGUUCUCCAUCGACUGGGAGCAUCUGAAGAAGGUGCUGCUGUUUCUGCAAUCGUGCAGGAGCGAGAUCGGCAAUGUGUGCCGCUCGGUCGGGCAACCGCUGACGCAGGACACGCUCGCCGAUGUGGUGCGUCUGCUGCAGCUGGUCAAAAGUCUGCCGGACGUUGCGUGCGACGUGACCAAUUGCAUUACCCUCGGCCGGGGGCAUUGCUUUUCGUUCGCAACCGUGCGCGCACUCAUGUCCGGGGCGGAAGGGCUGAACCGUACGGAGCUGCUAAAGCAGCUCGCUGCCUUCGAUCACGAUCGGACGGCAGCGUUAAACGAGCUGCGCAAAUCCGGUUCCAUCGAGGGCGGCGAUCUGGCACUGUUUCGCUGGCUCGGUUGCCAACCGUCCGCCGACUACAACGACGCACUGGCCGCGCUGGAGCACCUGGCCAAGCUGGGGGUAGGCUCGCUCAAGUUCGAGCACACGCGGAUCGUCGUGAGUGCGCUGUGCGCGUUCGAGGCGAAACCGUUCCUGGCGGUGCCCGUCCAUCUGCGUGCCCUCCUGCUGCGGGACGAACGCUUCCUGGCCCUCUGUAACGGGGCCAAUCCGGAGCUGCUGCCACGGGCGAACCGUGCCUGGAUCCGCACUGUCACUGCCGGUGACGAUACGCUCCGGCAGCUGGAAACGAUCGACCUGCUGAAGGAACUGUUCGCGUGCGCCACCGACACCCAUCCACCGCUGACGCUGGCCGACGCCCUGGACUAUGCGCUCGGCUUUGAGGACGGUACCGUGCCGCAGGUGUACUACCGCGUGCUGGCGCUCUGGAAGCAGUGCACCACCGUCAGCUCGCCGCCUAAAGCAACGUGCAAGGCACGCUUUCUCCGACUGCUCGAGGAAGUGCACUUGCUUCACAUGGACCGAUACUUUGCGUUCAACCUUAAGCGUGGUGCCGACGGACCGAUGGGCGACGAGGCCGAGCUGAUCGGCGAAGUUCGCAAGAUGCUUCCGACAGCGGAGGCAGCAGGCAGCGGCACGGGUACGCUAUGCUUCGGACCGCCGGAACGGGCUGCCUGCUGGUUGGAGCUGAUUCCCGCACUGCGCAACGAUUGGAGCCGCAGCCGCAUCUACCAAGCGCUCAGCGCUCUUCUUACCUACGGCACUGCGGUCGUGCUGAAGCAGCGCGAUAAAACCCUCGAGCAGCAGCAGCAGUACGUGGAAUUGGCGGGCAAAAAAAUGCUCAUGUUUGCCCGGGGCGAUAGUCGCGUGGUGAUCGAGGUGUUGCUACCGGCGGAAAACGACAAUGGAAUGCACCGUGCCUCGUUUUAUCUGUGCGGAAGUGCCUUCGGUGGUGCUGACGGACGGCCAGCAUAACAUCGAACUGUGAGACAAGCGCGUGCCUUAAUCUGUGGUUGCUUUGAUUCUUUGUUUGUUUGGAACGUCUUUUUUUUAGAGUAACAUGUUUAUCACAAACUGCUCGAUUGUCCAUUUCAUACCAAAAUAGUCUUAAUAAAGUAACAUAUCUUAUCUUUUA